AUUUUUACUGAUCGUAACCUGUACACUUUAGUGGACGACUUGUAUUAUGAAUUGAAAGGCAAGGUUAUUACAGAAGAAGCAGGAGAAAUUGAUGACGCAGCUAUUGGGAAUAGCAGCGCUGGCAAAGUAGAGUCAGCUGGAGCUGCCGUUACUGGAAUCGAUUUCGUACUCCAAAACAGACUUGUAGAAACGGGCUUUUCCAGUGUAAAAGAUUUUAAAAAGUACAUAAAAGAUUACAUAGCCAAAAUAGUGACGAAUAUAAAGGAUCAUAAUCCCGAUCGAGUUGAAAUUUUCAAAAAAAAAGUAAAUGUAAAGAUGGCUGAAAUUAUUAAGACAUUCAGCGAUUGGAAAUUUUUCAUGGUAGAAAGUAUGGAUGCUGAAGCCUUACAUGUUUUGGUUAAGGAAGACGGCAAAACCGCAAUCGGCUUAGUAUGGAAAGAUGGAGUCAAGGAAGAAAAGUAA